AAUGCACCAAAAGGGCGAAUUUAAACCUGGCCUUUUCUUAUUGGCGGAGGCCAUCACCUUCGUCUCCUUGGUGGUUACGCCAUCUCGCCACCGUUGGAUAUUCUUUGUUCCCAUAUCAUCGAUCUGCGUCUACCUCUUUCUCUUCACCACAUGCGAGAGAAAUGCAACCAACAACUUAGUGGCGUGCAACCUAUUCACCCUGAUUUUCACCUCCUUGGACCUAGUCGUCCUCACCGACGUUCAGAACGAGCUUCGCCUGGUCGGGCAGAAGACGCCCAUCAGUGCAGCGUCACUUAGCAGCCGCUUCUGGUGGGCACUUCAACUGUUACAUAGUCCCCGAGGUAUAGGAUGGGCACACGAACCAACGGGUCACAUCCGUCCGCACCCAACCACGUCACGCGCCCAAUUCCUCCUGGAUCAGGUACUGCGGACAGCCAAGUACAUCCUUAUUUUUGACGUCGCUAGAGUACUCUCCUAUUCGAACCCAUACUUUCAGAAGGGAGGACUAUCUUUAACGGACGCCGGAUGGUUAUGGAGAUCAACGGUGCUUGCGCAUGUCGUAACUUCAUACACUAGCUUGGGUUUGAUCUGUACCGUCUACAGCAUUGUGUCAGUCGCCUUGGGACUAACCGCUCCAAGGGAAUGGCCACCUUUUUUUGGCUACAUAGGGGAUGCGUACACGGUUCGUCGUUCUUGGGGUCGCGUUUGGCACCAAGUUAUGAGAAGGUUCCUUCAAGUCGAGUGCGACUUCAUCGCAUACAAAAUCGUGCGACUUCCACGGAAGAGCACCUUCACGACCUACUUUAAACUCUUCGUGGCUUUCUUCAUCUCCGGUCUAAUCCAUUACGCGGGAGAUUAUGCGGUGCUCGGUCACUGGUCCGGCGGCGGCCUGGUUUGCUUCGUCCUUCAGGCGGUAGCCAUCACGUUUGAGGACGCCGUCAUCGCAAUCGCCUCGAAGUUUGGUUUCGCUAAACCGACUCCCAUGAAGAAGCUUUUGGGGUACAUCUGGGUAGCCGCGUGGUUCACUUACUCUUUGCCUAUCUGGUCAGGUCCACAUCUGACAGCCGGAUUCAUGGAAGACAAUGUUCAAUUCAGCCCUAUUAUGGGAGUGUCCCGCGGGAAAUGGUUUCCGAAACCUGAUCCUGUAAAUGUUCUAAGUACAGCUUUGUCGAAGAUUAUCCCCGCUACAUGAGCAAUUUGUCAACGACUUGCUUUGACCAUAGACAGAUAUUUGAAGGGUACCGUGUAGGGUGGUUAGAAUUAUUCUUCGGUAGAUGGAGACCUCUAGCCGUCAUCUGGAGCCGCUUUGGACCAACAUGAUUUUUUUCUACUGAACGGAGUUAAAACCAGUGACCUGACUGGAAUUGAUGCAUGGCACCAUCGAUGAACUGGCAUCAAAUAUCGACUCAGAACCCCCACCCUGGGGAGGACAAACUCACAACUCGUUACCUUGAGUUAUCUAUGAGCGGGUUGUUGUCGCUACCGACGGAGCUUCUCCGAGAAAUAGGUGCUGAGAUGGCCGAUAAGACUCCGUUUAGUAUGCAAACGAAUCAACUUCGCUGCGGAGCCACAAAUUCUGUCGGAAAUCAUUUUAUCCUCCAAAUGGCUUUCGUCUCAGGUCGAGACAACGGAGCCAAAGCCAACGUCUGCUUCUAAAUAUGCAAACAAGCUCCGAAUAGAUGACAUAUGUCCCUCAUUAGACCAAACCGGAAUCUUGUCUUUGGACGAAGAAGCCAAGAUUAGGUCUUUCCUUCUGCGCGCUAUUGGUUCCCUUGUUGGGGUUCGUCAAAUAAUGUGAGUCAAAAAGAGAUAUUAACUCUGUCCUCUAGAUGGGAUCUGGGUCAAUACGACCCAGAGUGGGCAACUCUUCUAGUCAUAGAUGCCCUUGCAGCACUCCCGGCUCUGGAGGACCUUCAUUUGACUGUUUGGUCGCCUCCAGGUUCUCCCAGUGUGCAAUCGUAUUACAUAGUGCUCGCCGUUCAAAUGUUGAUCAUAACGACUUUCCAUUGCAUAUGAGUGUGGCAGGGUUCGUGGGUCAAUUGUGUUCCCAGUUAAUAUUAUCUACAAAAACAUU